CAACCACUUUAAGGGUAACCGGAAGUAGCCGCUCAGAACGUUUCGACAUGGCGGAGUACCAGGGUGUGCAGAAAGGAGCGCUCAAACUGAAAGGCAUCGGGGACAUCAGUCUGGGAAAGAAGAAGAAAAAGAAAGACAAAGAUAAAAACAAGAUCGUACAACAGAUGAUGCUGCAAACUAAUAACAAAAAUGAAGACGAGAAGAAAAAACCAUCUCUGGACAAAAGAACCCCAGCUCAACUAGCAUUUGAAAAAAUGCAAGAGAAAAGACAAAUGGAGAGAAUAUUAAAAAAAGCAACCAAAACCCACAAGCAGAGAGUAGAGGAUUUUAAUCGGCAUCUGGAUACCCUCACAGAGCAUUAUGAUAUUCCUAAAGUCAGCUGGACAAAAUAAUACAGUUUUUGUUUUUCUUUAUUUAUAGAACUUCGUUUUUUACUUGCUUGUAAUCUUUCUGGAUUAAGGCAGAAAGCCGGGAUGACUAGACACACAUUGUUAUUGUGUUCAUUAUGUUGCCACACUUGAUUGUAUAAAAUAUUCAGAUCAUCUA